AAUGUCCCUCUGUUCUCCACAGGCCUUGUUCCUCUGGUGGCCUUCAAUGUGGAUGUGGCCCGGACCUGGGUGACUCCUGAGGGAGGCGUACCCUACGUGCUCAACGCCCUUCUGCACCAAGACUCCAGCACCAACCGGACCUGGCUCCUGGUCACCAGUCCUCAAACCAACGGGACAGCAGGCCUCCUACAUCGUUGUUCCCUCAUCCAGGAUGAGAUUCUUUGCCAACCAGUAGAGCAUGCCCCCAUCCCAAAGGGAAGGCACCCGGGAGUGACAGUUGUCCGGAACCACCACAGUGUUUUGAUCUGUAUUCAAGUGAUGUCCCGGAAGCCCCACAGCCUCAGCCCAGAACUCACAGGCACCUGCAGCCUAUUAGCCAACAACUUCCAACCCCAGGCUCAGGUCUACUUCUCUGACCUUGAAAAUCUCCUUGAUCCCAAUGUACAUGUGGAUGCCAGAGACUGCUAUAGGAACAAGAACGGCAGUCUAGAGAAGACAGCCAGGUGGCGCCGGGCUCUGAAGACACAAGAGGGGCAGGAUGACGAAGCAGCUGGCACUGAGAUUGCCAUCAUCCUAGAUGGCUCAGGAAGCAUUGAUCCCCCAGACUUCCAGAAAGCCAAAGACUUCAUUUCCAACAUGAUGAAGAACUUCUAUGCCAAGUGCUUUGAGUGCAACUUUGCCCUUGUGCAAUAUGGGGAAGUGAUACAGACUGAGUUUGAUCUUCGGGACAGCCAGGAUGCGGUGACCUCCCUCGCCAGAGUCCAGAAUAUCACUCAAGUGAAGAGUGUCACCAAGACUGCUUCUGCCAUACAGCAUGUCCUAGACAACAUCUUCACGCCAAGCCACGGCUCCAGAAAAAAUGCACCCAAGGUCAUAGUGGUAAUCACUGAUGGGGACAUAUUUGGGGAUCCACUCAACCUCACGACUGUCAUCAGUUCCCCAAAGAUGCAAGGUGUUGAGCGCUUUGCCAUCAGGGUGGGAAAUGAGAGUACUAAGACCCUCAAGGAACUGAAGCUGAUUGCCUCAGACCCAUUUGAGAGACAUGCAUUCACAGUGACCAAUUAUUCAGCCCUGGAUGGACUGCUGAGCAAAUUGCAGCAGAAUAUCAUUCACACGGAAGGCACUGUUGGAGAGGCCCUCCACUACCAACUGGCACAGAUCGGGUUCAGUGCCCAGAUCCUGGAUGAGGGGCAGGUGCUGCUCGGUGCCGUCGGGGCCUUUAACUGGUCAGGGGGAGCACUGCUCUACAACUUGCACAGCCGCCGGGGUCGCUUCCUGAACCAGACUGCAGCAGAUACCAAGACUGCACAGUACAGCUAUCUAGGUUACUCAGUGGCCCUGCUGCACAAGGCCUGUGGCCUCUCCUAUGUGGCAGGGGCUCACGGUACAAGCAGCGGGGGGCCGUGUUUGAGCUUCAGAAGGAGGGCAAAGAGACCAACUUCGUGCCAGUGCUGGAGGGAGAGCAGAUGGGAUCCUAUUUUGGCUCUGAGCUGUGCCCUGUGGACGUACAUGGAUGGGACCACGGACUUCUUGCUCGUGGCUGCUCCUUUCUACCACAUUUACGGAGAGGAAGGCAGAGUCUACGUGUACCAUCUGAACAAGCAGAAUGGUUCCUUCUCUUUGGCACACACGCUGAGUGGGUACCCUGGAUUCACCGAUGUCCGAUUUGGCUUUGCCAUAGCAACAGUGGGGGAUAUCAGUCAGGAUAAGCUCACAGAUGUGGCCAUUGGGGCCCCCCUGGAGGGUUUUGGGGCAGAUGAUGGUACCAGCUUCGGCAGCGUGUACAUCUACAAUGGACGCUGGGAUGGCCUUUCUACCACCCCCUCUCAGCGGAUCAGAGCCUCAGAGGUGGCCUCAGGACUCCACUACUUUGGCAUGUCAGUGGCUGGUGGCUUAGAUUUCACUGGUGACGGCCUUGCUGACAUCACCGUGGGCACUCUGGGCCGGGCAGCUGUGCUCCGCUCAAGACCUGUGGUUUACCUGAAUGUGUCCAUGACCUUCACCCCCAUGGCACUGCCCAUUGGCUUCAACAGCAGUGUGAAUGCUUUUUUGUGUUUUGAAAUCAGCUCUGUGACUACAGCUGCUGAGAAAGGCCUCAAAGACACGGUUCUGAACUUCACAUUGGACGUGGAUGUGAUGAAGCAGAGGAAAAGACUGCAGUGUUCAGACAAGAAUAUUUGUCAGAGCCACCUUAGGGAAUGGGAUGGCAGUGUGUCCCGUCUUUGUGAGCCCCUCCUGCUCAUUCCCACAGAGGGAAAGCUCUGUGAGGAGGACUGCUUCUCCAGCAUCAGCGUCAAGGUCAGCUACCAACUCCAGACCUCAGAGAGCCAGAGGGACCAUCCCCACCCUGUUUUGGACCUCUACACUGAGCCCUUCACCAUCUUCCAGCUGCCCUAUGAGAAGAACUGCAUGAAUAAGCUGUUUUGUGUUGCUGACUUACAGAUGGCCAUCACCACCUCUCAGCAGGAAUUGGUGGUGGGUCUCACAAAGGAGCUGACUCUGAACAUUAACCUAACUAACUCUGGGGAAGAUUCCUACAUGACGAGCAUGGCUUUGAAUUACCCCAGAAACUUACAGUUUAAGAGGAUACAGAAGCCUCCUUCUCCAGACAUUUGGUGUGAUGACCCUAAGCCAACUGCUUCUGUGCUGGUCAUGAACUGCAAGAUUGGUCACCCUAUACUCAGGAGGUCGUCUGCAAUCUUUUCAGUAAUUUGGCAGCUAGAAGAGAAUGCCUUUCCAAACAGGACAGCCAGUAUCACUGUGACAGCCACCAAUUUCAAUGGAAAACAGUCUUUGGUCACAAAGACCCAGAGCCUUCAGUUCAAGCAUGCCUUCAUUGCAGUUCUUCCCAAACCGUCAGUGAUAUACAUGAACACAAGCCAGGGGCUUUCCGUCUACAAAGAAUUCUUCUUCAGUAUACAUGGGGAAAAUCUCUUUGGAGCCGAAUUCCAGCUGCAAAUUUGUGUUCCAAUCAAAUUACAAGAUCUCCAGAUUAUAAGAGUGAAAAGCCUGACAAAAAUUCAGGACCACACUCUGUGCAGCCAGACUCAGGUGGAAAGGUGCGGGAGCGAUCCUGUUCAGCAUGGGAAGAAAUGGCAUUCAGUGAGCUGUGUCAUCACUUCAAAUAAGGAAAAUGUAACGGUGGCUGCAGAGCUCUACUUGAGUCAAUUUCAGCAGUUACAGAGAGAUGUAAAUGAACUGCAGAUCCUUGGUGAAAUAACUUUCAACAAAUCUCUGUAUGAGGGGCUUAAUGCAGAGAACCACAGAACUAAGAUCACUAUCAUCUUCCUGAAAGAGAAGGAGUAUUUGCACCUCAUCUUUAUAAGCAGUGCUGGUGGCCUUCUGGUUUUGAUUGUGAUUAUAAUCACCCUUUUCAAGUUUGGCUUUUUUAAAAGAAAAUACCAGCAUCUGAACUUGGACAGCACACGGAAGGCCUCGCUGAAAUCAGAGAAUCUGCUCACAGAAGAAAAUUAGGACCAGCUUCCUUAUCCAUUGGGAGAGAACAUCAGCCAGUCGUUCAAGUUCUAGAGACUUGGUGUCGUUACUUUUUUUUUUUUUUUUUUAAGAUGAUCUAGAGCAGAAUCUAACAAAUUGUUAAUGGAACAUUGUUUUUUAACCAUACACUGUCCCCAGAGUGUCUGUGUAUUGUGCAGAAAAUAAACUUGGGAAACAUUUGAAAUUAAAUAAAAUUAAAUUUUUCUUUAAAGAAGUGCCUUUAAUACAGAAAUCUACUUUGUGAUAUUUUUUUUCUCCAAGAGGAGGUAUAGCAAUUUCCAACCUUAUUUGCCUAAGAAUGCUUUUUUCUUGGCAUUUCCAUUGAUGUCUCCCAACAUAGUGUUCUACAAAGUACAUCUUGGGGGACAGUGGUCAAAAGAUCCUGGCAUUUUCAAGAUCCUAAGAUGUGGCCUAUUACUUCAAAUCAAAACACAAAAAAAGCACGCCUGGAACAAAUGUAAAAAGUAGAAAAACAGAGGUCACCAAAACAGGAACUAGGAGGUGAGGAGAAAAGCAAGACUGUUCUGUAGUUUCAUUUCUGUUGUAUGUAUGAAUACAUCUAUUUCAUGCACUGUGCUAAUCCUUACCCAGCUUCCUGCUCAGUGGAUUGCUCAGGGAGACUUCUGUUCCUUGGUAAAUACUGUCACCAGGAGAGAGCAUUCUUCCACAGGAGGAGAUGGAACCUGGCCUGGGAGUUGGGGGCACAGAGAUGAGGGCCUAGUUACAGGCCGGCUUCGCUCUUAGUAUCUUAUUUUAUUUUUAUAUCCCUUGCUGUCAAAACUUGGCCCCAUCUCCCCACUUUUAACCCUGCAAUGGAACAGUCUUUGUUUUCAUGGAUCAUAAAAGUCAUUGCAAUAAAUUAAAUGGUGUAUCAGUAUAUAAUGUAGAAAGAUAUCCUUGUCUUCUUGAUCUAAUUCAGAUGCUUUCGUUAUUUUUUUAAUUUUUAAUUUUUUCUGAAAUGUGUGUGUGUAUAAAGUGCAAAUUAGGGACUGAGUUUUGCUUUUUGUUUUGUUUUUCUCCCAGAAGCAUAACUAACUUUCACAGCACCAUUAACUGAAAUAACCACCUCCUUUUGGCUUAUUCACGCUCUCCCGUUUCGCAGGGGCUAAAAGGCUUCAAACAUCUCCCAGACUCCUUUGAGGUGGGUUUCUAAUUUCGAUUUUGCCAGUGAGAGGCACUUGAAUGAGAUGGAAGGUAGAAAGAUAGGAGGUCUUUCUUUUGGUUGCGGCAGCAGUGGUGGAGGCAGGUGAGUACAGACCCCUGAGCAGCAGUGCCACAGCGCAGCCCCUCCCUGCAACUCCCGACCUCUGGGUGAUACCAACUCUCCCGUUUUUAUCUCCCAGCCCUCCCAACAGAUUUGAAACAUAACUCUCAUUAGUAAAUCCCUUUCUGCUUGAAAUAUCUAGAGUGGUUUCUGUUUUCCUGUUGACCUUGAGUCCAACUAUUUUAUUUCCAGUGAAUAACAGCUGUCUCUAUGUCAUUAAUGAAAUGUCCAUUAAUAAAUUAAAAUUCUGGGGCGCCUGGGUGGCUCAGUCGGUUGGGCGUCCGACUUCAGCUCAGGUCACGAUCUUGUGGUCCGUGGGUUUGAGCCCCGCAUCGGGCUCUGGGCUGAUGGCUCAGAGCCUGGAGCCUGCUUCCGAUUCUGUGUCUCCCUCUCUCUCUGCCACUCCCCUGUUCAUGCUCUGUCUCUCUCUGUCUCAAAAAUAAAUAAAACGUUAAAAAAAAUUUUUUUUAAUAAAUUAAAAUUCUGCUGUUACUACUCGUGAAAUUCCUAUGAAUACAUAUAAAUUCUGGAAAUUUAAUUUUGUUUCACUGAUGUGUUUGUUACUGUACCAGUACCACAAUUGAAGGAACACUUUUUAGCAUUAUGCAAAUGAUAAAUUCUAAACAGCACAAAGGUAUCUAAAAAAUAAAAAGUUAGUCUCCCUCUCCUCUCCACCUCCAAUCUCUUUCCAAAAGCAACCACUGUUAAUACAUUUUUAGAUAUUCUUUAAAAAUAUUCCUCUGCAUAUACCAGCAUAUGCAUAUCCAUGUAUGGAUAUAGGAAUUAGAUUGUAUAGAUUGUUCUCCCUCCUACUUUUUCAUCUAAUGGAUUUUAGGCACCUUUCGGUAGCAACCUCUGCAGAUCUACCCCAUCCUUUUUAACAGUUCCGUGAUACACUGCAUUGUAUUUACCUAACAAAUCCCUACAAGUGGAUAUUUAGGUUGUUUCUAUUUCUUUCCUUCUUUUUAUUACAAAGAAAAGGUGUGAUGAACAUCUCUAAACACGUAUCCUCCCUGGUGUGCUUUUCAAGUAUGUCGAUGGGUAAGUUCCCAGCACAAUCACUGGCUCCGAGAUGACGUGCAUUUAAAAUUUUGAUAGACGAAAUAAGUCAUGGGAACGAAAGGUACAGAACGGGGAUUGUAACCAGUGGCAUUGUGACAACACUGUAUGGUGACACAGGUAGCUACACUUGUGGUGAGCACAGCAGAACAUGUAGAGUUGUUGAAUCACCGUUGUACGCCUGAAACGAAUAUAACAUUGUCAGCUACACUUCAAUUCAGUUGUUUUUGAUAGAUGAUCACAACCUCCAAAAGGUUUCUACCAGUUGACACCCCCACUCAGAGAAUAUCAAAGUGCCACCGUGUCCAUUGCCACCAGCUGGGCAUCAUCACAUUUUCACUAUUUUGCCAACCUGAUCAUUGUGGAAAAUGGGAUUCUGUUUUUGAUACCAGUUUUCAUUAUAACUUUUAGUAAACUGUGAUACCUGAUAGGACAUUUUCAUUCUUAAGAAAAACUACUGCUUCUAUUCUUUCAGAUAAUUCUUAAUAUCAGUGUUUCAGAUUCCUAAAAGAAAACCUUUGAGGUUUUAAUUUAAAUGUACAGAUUAGGUUGGGGCACCUGGGUGGCUCAGUCGGUUAAGCGUCUGACUUCAGUUCAGGUCACGAUCUCGCGGUCCGUGGGUCGAGCCCCACGUCGGGCUCUGGGCUGAUGGCUCGGAGCCUGGAGCCUGCUUCCGAUUCUGUGUUUCCCUCUCUCUCUGCCCCUCCCCCGUUCAUGCUCUGUCUCUCUCUGUCUCAAAAAUAAAUAAACGUUAAAAAAAUUUUUUUUAAAUAAAUAAAUGUACAGAUUACGUUGAGGAGAACUGCUUUCUUUACAGCAUUAUUUUCUUACUCAGAAAUAAGAUAUUUCUCCACUCGCUGAGAUUUUUGAAAACACCCUGCAGCAAGGUUUUAUAAUUUCUUUCAGAGAUCUUAAUUUAUGAAGACUUUUAUUUUCAGCUGUAUUGUUGUUUUUUUUUUUUUUAAGUUUAUUUUUGAGAGAGAGAGCGCAUGUGCAUACAUGCCAGCAGUGGAGGGGCAGAGAGAGAGAGAGAGAGAGAGUGAGAGAGAGAGAGAGAGAGAAAAUCCCAAGCAGGCUCUGCACUGUCAGCACAGAGCCCGAUGUAGGACUUGAAUUCCCAACUGUGAGAUCAGGACAUGAGCCAAGAGUCAGAUGCUUAACCGACUGAGCCACCCAGGCUCCCCUAUAUUAUAUUUUUUAUUGCUACUGUGAAAAAUGUCUUUUUCCCCUGGCUGAUUAUAGAGCUUGUAUUUAGAAAAUUUGUUCUUUUGAAUAUUUUAUCUGGCCAUCUUACUGAACUCUGUUUUUUAAAUAACUUUUUAGUUGAUUCUCUUGGAUUUUCAAAGGAGAAAAUCCUGUCUGGAAAUAAUGGUGAUUUGGGGGACGCCUGGGUGACUCAGUCGGUUAAGUGUCCAACUUUGGCUCAGGUCAUGAUCUCGCAGUUUACGAGUUUGAGCCCCACAUCAGGCUCCGUGCUGACAUCUCGGAGCCUAGAGCCUGCUUCAGAUACUCUGUCCCCCUCUCUCUGUGCCCCUCCUCCACUCAUGCAUGUGCUCUCUCUCUCUCUCAAAAAUAAAUAAAUGUUAAAAAAAAAGAAAUAAUGGUGAUGUGGAGUCUUUCUUGUAUUUGUACUCUUUUUCACCCUUAUUUCUUUGACUAGAACUUGUAGAGCUCUGGGAAGUUAACUUUGCCUGAUGUUAAGGGGAUUGCUGUGUGUACCCUCCACUGUCUGCCUCACAGCCUGUCCAUGGUCUCACUCCCUGCCACUCUGCCUUUGGUAAUUUCUGGGGCUUGAUUGGAGAACCCAUCCACUUCUCAUGGAGCCUCUUAUGUUACCUGUGUUAAAUCACUGGCUCUUUAGCGUGAUCAGCUUUUCUGCUGAUCUGAUUCCAUCUGCAUCACUUCUUCCAAGAAUUCCUUCAUAUUUUUGGUUCCUUUAUUGUAUCAUUCUCAAUUUCCAGUGCUACCAUGGACUUCUUCCCUCUUUACACUUCUUGAGUUACUUCAGAGGAUUUGUCUUUGAAGGCAAAGAAAGAGGUAAGUUUGCUUAGAUAUUUUCCUAUUGUUGGAUCCAGGAGUUAUAUCCAAGUUUGCAGUGUUUUAGGUGAGUUGCACCCCUUGGAUUUAUAUUUUUUUAAACAAUUAUUAUUAUGGGGCGCCUGGGUGGCUCAGUCGGUUAAGCGUCCGACUUCGGCUCAGGUCAUGAUCUCACGGUCUGUGAGUUCGAGCCCCGCAUCAGGCUCUGUGCCGACCGCUCAGAGCCUGGAGCCUGUUUCAGAUUCUGUGUCUCCCUCUCUCUCUGGCCCUCCCCCGUUCAUGCUCUGUCUCUCUCUGUCUCAAAAAUAAAUAAACAUUAAGAAAAAAUUAAAAAAAAAUUAUUAUUACAAAUAAGAUCCUACUCCCAUUAUAACAGUCAAGCCUUAUAUUGACCACCUAUGAGCUAUUGACUGAGCUGUGCUGAUCUGAUUGGAGUUAAACCAAUGCACUUGUAGUCAAGAGACUGUGUAAGGGACCAGUCUGAGAAGGGAAAGGACUAUUAUAAACAGAGACAUGAUUAGAUUUUACAAAUUCAUCUGCUAUAGCUUGGGCCAAGGCCUUUAUUCUAAAAGAUGCUUUUCUAGUGCCAGGCAUUUUCCAUUUCCUGUUCAUCGUCCUCUCCCUGAGAACAGGAAGUGCCAAAGCUUGUAUAGAUACAAGGACAAUGGGUUAUGGCUGCUGUCUUGACCAGAUAAGGACCAAGAUGAAGUCAGCUUGACACUAGCAUGGGGAAAAUGCCCCUUGUGAUUUCUCUGUUUUCAUUUCCCCCGUUUAACACCUAGUGAGCACAGAUUCAAAUAACCUUUCUCUCUUCUGAAAACAUCUGAACUUUGGUUGUUGAAGAAGGCAUGACAUCAAGCAGAUGUGAAAACCUUAAUCUGGCAAGCUUGUUAGGCCUAAUUAAAUUUUGAGAAAGGAUGCUUCGUAUGGCAAAGCUCAGCAGUCUUACAUUAUCCGUAUAUAGUGAAAGGUCUGUGCACAUCUUCUGUACCCUUACGAGAAGGGAAAUUAGGUAUUUUAGGGAUAUAGGUAUUUUGGGGUCUCCUAGCUAUAAUUAGUAAUGGUAAGCCUUGUAAUAGUGCCAGAAUUUUACCAUUACUUUUUUUUUUUAAAAAAGAUUUUAUUUUUAAGAAAUCUCUACACCCCACGUGGGGCCUGAACUCACAACCACAAGAUCAGUAGUUGCAUGCUCCACCCACCGACUGAGCCAGCCAGCCACCCCUACCAUUAUUUUAAGAACAGAUUUAGUGGGGCGUCUGGGUGGCUCAGUUGGUUAAGCCUCCUACUUCGGCUCAGGUCAUAAUCUUGCUGUCUGUGAAUUCGAGCCCAACAGCGGGCUCUGUGCUGACAGCUCAGAGCCUGGAGCCUGCUUCGGAUUCUGUGUCUCCCUUUCUCUCUGUGCCCCUCCCCUGCUCAUGCUCUGUCUCUCUCUGUCUCUCAAAAAUAAAUAAACCUUAAAAAAAAUUAACAAAACAAAACAGAUUUAGUAAAUGGAAUCAAGGGAAACAUUUAAUCACUUUAGGAAGAGUAGUUCUAGUAUCAGAGGUCAGGAAGUAGCUGGACGCACCUAAAUAGACAAUUUCCAACUUCAGUUAACUUGACUUUGAUUAGUGGAAGUAUAUUUUGGAAAGUACAUAACUAAUAACACUCUCACAGUAAGAUCACAGUGAAAAGUGAAAAACUGCCUUUGUCACACCCUGCCCCACCCUGUGGCCCUCCUUAGAAGCUGAGGUGAACUGGUGUGGUGUACAUCCUUCCAGGCUUUAUCCUGUGCACUUGUAAAUAUUCACAUAAAUACGUAUAUAGUACAUAGGUUUGGGGUUUUGUUUUGUUUUCCUUCUUUUUUUUUUAAAUAGCAUUAUAUAAUUUUUUUAAUGUUUAUUUUUGGGAAAGACAGAGCACAAGGGGGCAGGGACAGAGAAGGAGACACAGAAUCCAAUGCAGGCUCCAGGCUCUGAGCACAGAGCCUGAUGUGGGCUCAAACCGUGAACUGUGAGAUCGUGACCUGAGGCAAAGUUGGAUGCCUAACUGACUGAGCCACCCAGGCGCCCCUGUUUUCUUUUACAUAAAUAGAACCAUAUAUUUUGCCAUUUGUGAGAAUUUGUGACCAUUUUCAAGGAACCAGUGUCAGAGAAAAAAAUGCUGCUGACAAAUGUAGGUGGAUGGGAUGGGGAGAAGUGACACCUUGGUCUAGUGUGUCUUUGGGGAAUUAAUAACUGUGCAGAGCUCUUUACAGUAUAAACUGUAAAGAGACCCUUUCAACUUUUCCAAAAGUGGAAUUAAAGACAUUUUUGUAAUUGCUAUAGGAUGCCAAAUAGCUUUCCAGAAGGACUGAGCCGUGUUACAUGGUUAUCAGCAGCAUGAACAUGUCCUGGGAUCUCUGUUUUUACUUGACUUAUUUGCUUAAUGGAUAUAUAAUCAUAGCUUUAGUUUACCUUACUUUGUCGGCAAGACCAUGUACUUUCCCAUGAAAUAAGAAGACGUUUUUUGGGGGGGACGCCCGGGGCUAAAUCGGUUAAGCAUCUGACUUCGGCUCAGGUCAUGAUCUUGCGGUUCCUGGGCUUGAACCCUGCAUCAGGCUCUUUGCUGUCAGUGUAGAGCCCACUUCGGCUCCUCUGUCCACCCACUCUCUGCCCCUGCCUCUCUCUCUCUCUCAAAAAUAAGUAAACAACAACAACAACCACAAAAAAGAUGACUUUUUUGUGCCCUCUGUGCUUUACUUUCUUGUCCAGUUCAAAUGUGGCCCUGGUUCCUUCUCAUUAGCUCUUCUGGACUGCACCGUCUUCUGGGAUAGAAGUAAGAGGUGUAUUUCUCCCUCUGAACUUUGGAGCCUCUGG